CGGGGAAGGUGCACCGCCUGUCCUUGCCCGCAGCCAGCAGGGGUGCCUUGAAGGGCUGCGGGGGAGGGGAGGGAGACGCGGCGAUGGCUGCGCUGUCCGUUUCUUGCGUGUUCCCACGUGGCUUGUUCCUUCUGAGGCCCAUUGUGGGUUCCACCAGUUCUUCCCGCUUGCUGCAUCAGACACCUUCAGCUGAGAGUACUGACAGUUCCGUCCAGGUGCAGGAGAAGAGCAGUGCCAUUGUUCAGAAGAAGCCGCAGCUUCCCAGCAGCCGAGGGGAAUAUGUCGUCACCAAGCUGGAUGAUUUGGUCAACUGGAUCCGUCGAAGCUCCUUGUGGCCAAUGACCUUCGGCUUGGCAUGUUGCGCCGUCGAGAUGAUGCACAUGGCCUCUCCCCGCUACGACAUGGACCGCUUUGGGGUGGUUUUCCGGGCCAGUCCCCGGCAAUCCGAUGUCAUGAUUGUGGCUGGCACUUUGACCAAUAAGAUGGCUCCUGCCCUCCGAAAG